AUGUCGUUAUUCGACACAAUUAGACAGAAGGCGGCUUCUGUGAGCUUCCUAGAUAAAUUGAGCGAUAAUGUUUCUCCGGCGUUAACGCGGGAUGAAAAAUUCAGAAAAGAGUAUCAUCUCCCUGAAGAAGAAUGCAUCAUUGCCGAUAUCAACGCAGAUUUAUCUUACUUUAGCAAACACAAUGAUCUGAACCGUGAAGAUUCACAAAAGAAGGAUGGUUUGGCUUACGUUUUCUCCGGGAGAAUUUUUCUUUCGCCGCAUUACCUAGUCUUUAGAGACUCUUUUGACAAGACAUCAUGUGUUUUAAUCCUCAAUAUUAGUUGCAUUAGACGGGUGGAGAGAUCGUCUACGAGUGCACAUGCUUUAUCUUUGACCAUUACUUUGUAUUCAGGAACAAGAAUUAUCGUACAAUUUAUUGGGUUACGACACAAUUCUCAAGAAUUCAGCCAGGCAUUAAAAACGCAACUUUCGAGCAACAUUCCUCAAACGAAAUUGUUAAUGCCUUUUUUGGACUCCUGUUAUUCCGAAUAUUUGAUCUCAAAGAAUAUCGAAAAACGGCCAAAUGUGACACCACCACCAGCGGGCUUAGGUCAAAUAUACAAAUAUCCAGGAAACCCGAAUAUUUCGAAAGAGAGGCCUAAAUUGAAGCUAUGGUUUGAUUAUUUUCGAGAAAACGGCAAAAACUUGACCUUAGUCAAAAAUCACUUUUUCCAAAAGCUUAUUAGAGUAGGUGUUCCGAACAGAUUGCGUGGUGAAAUAUGGGAAUUGUGCUGCGGGUCAAUUUACUCGAGAUUUCAGAAUCCGGGCUAUUAUGCUAAUAUUUUAGAAGAAAACAAGGGAAAGCUCUCGUUGGCCAUCGAGGAGAUCGAAAAAGAUCUAAAUAGAUCUUUGCCUGAGUACUCAGCUUAUCAUGACGAAGAAGGUAUAAAACGACUGCGCAAUGUUCUUACUGCUUAUUCUUGGAAAAAUCCUGAAAUAGGAUAUUGCCAAGCAAUGAACAUUUUGGUUGCUGCCUUGUUGAUUUUCAUGACAGAGGAGCAAGCUUUCUGGUGUCUAUCAUGCCUAUGCGAUAAUUACAUCCAAGGUUACUACUCAAAAACAAUGUACGGAACCCUUCUCGAUCAAAAGGUAUUCGAAUCCUUCGUUGAGAGCAAGAUGCCCGUUUUGUGGGAUCACAUCAACAGAAAUGACAUUCAGCUAUCAAUAAUAUCCCUACCCUGGUUUUUAUCUCUCUUUUUCACAGCGAUGCCCCUGCCGUAUGCUUUUCGAAUAAUGGAUAUAUUCCUGGUCAACGGACCUGUUACCUUAUUCCAGGUUGCUCUUGGCGUAUUGAAAGUCAAUGGAGAAGAUCUGUUGGAGGCAGAUGAUGACGGAAUGUUCAUUGCAAUCUUGAAGAGCUACUUUCAGACUCUCGAAGAUAGCGCUCACCCGGAUUCAAGUGACACCAGGUACAAACAAAUCAACAGAUUUCAGGAGUUAUUGGUUGUCGCCUUCAAGGAGUUUGAUAUUAUAACUGGAGCUAUGGUUGAGCGAGAGCGCAAUAAACAUCGAAAAGAUAUUAUGCAUAACAUCGAAUCCUUCGCAAAAAGAACGCAGCUGCGAAAUAUAACAUCGGUGAGAAAUCUUUCGGCGAACGACAUUUCUAACCUAUAUGACGCCUUUUACCAAUGUAUUGAAACCGAAAAAGGCAGCAAAGAUACCGAAAAGUCUCGAAUGGAAUUUGCAGCAUUUUGCCAAUUUCUGGCAAGAAUCUGUGAUUGGUGCAAAUAUUGCGAAAGUGACGAUAUGCCUGGAUUCCGUAAGCAAAAAAGGCAAUUUCUCAAAAAGCUUUUUAACUAUUGGGAUACUUCCAAGUUGGGUGAUUUGAGUCUCAAUGACGUUCUUGCUGGACUAGAUUCUUUAUUAUCUGAGGACUUGAUGGUAUCGAUAAACAAUUAUUUUGCCCUUUACGAUGUUGAUAAAAAGGGAGAACUCCAGCGUGAGGAUAUCCUCCAACUUUCCGAGGGACUUCUUUUUUUGACUGAAGCAUGGAGAAAUGGCAGGUACGUUGAUAAGAUCACGCAAAGUAGGAUAGAAGACGAUAUCGCAGAUUCCCUGAUAGAAUCGGGCGGAAAAGUCGAGAGCAAUUUAGACACUAUCGAAUUGCCCUCUGGAGUCGAGAUAGACGAAGAAAAGUAUAGGUCCGAGCAGGCAGAAAGAUAUCUGAAAGCCGCGAGUAGCUUCCUUCAACGGUGCUUCGAAUACGCGCGACCCUUGGACCUUGCAGGCGACAUAGAUUUGCUAGAUUUAUCAGAUUCAGAAGAAGCCGGCAGUGAUACGAAGAAGAAACAGUGGGAUUCGUUAAAGGCAAAUGCAGCUUUAGACCCCAUCCACCCAAUGGUACUAGAUUUGGCCACCUUCAGAAUGAUUAUUUUGGCAGAGGAGACUUACGAACUGUUUUUCGCUUCUACGCUGCGCGAGUCUAUUCACGUGAGUGAUCUUGUCUGUACGUCAGAGACGCACGGCACUGCUUUGAGAAGCAUGUUUGAUGGUUUACUUGCCGAUGGCAGAAGAGUCGCCAACCAAGUGCGCCGCCGUGUUGAUUCUGUUGCAACAAGGACAAGUGGUACGUCAGAAAUCUCUGGAGAAAGCUCACAUGGCCGCGAUGACAUAGACGAUUUCCUUGACGAUCAAAACGAAGAGCACGCUGAUUUAUUGAAAUCUGAUAUCCUGGGAUUAGAAAUCGAGAAUGAAGGAAGUAAAUCAGUUAUGCGACGCAGUAUAGAGGGUUCAACUUCAACAAAAAGCUUUCAAGAAAAGGAAGAAAACUUGAUUGACUUUGAGACUGUCUAA